AUGGCCCCAGAGCCCCGAAGCGUGGGACUUCUCUUCAUUUACAUCAUAUCUUUUUUCUUUGGCCUCCCUGCCAACCUCCUGGCCCUGCGCGCCUUCGUGGGGCGGGUCCGCCAGCCCCAUCCCGCCCCGGUGCACAUCCUCCUGCUGAGCCUGACCAUGGCGGACCUCCUGCUGCUGCUGCUACUGCCCUUCAAGAUGAUUGAGGCGGCCUACGAUUUCUUGUGGCCCCUAGGGAAUGCGCUCUGUGCCCUCACUGCCUUCGGCUUCUACAGCGGCAUCUACUGCAGCACGUGGCUGCUGGCGGGCAUCAGCAUCGAGCGCUACCGCGGUGUGGCCUUCCCGGUGCAGUACAAGCUCUCCCGCCGGCCCCUGUACGGGGUCAUUGCUGCCCUCAUCUCCGCGGUCUUGUCCUUCGGACACUGCAGCAUUGUGAUCAUUGUCCAAUACCUGCCAACCAACAACACGAGUGACGCCGAGGGCCUCCCUGUCUGCUACGAGAACUUCACCAAAGAGCAGCUGGACGUGGUGCUGCCCGUGCGGCUGGAGCUGUGUCUGGUCCUCUUCUUCAUCCCCAUGGCCGUCACCAUCUUCUGCUACUGGCGCUUCGUGCACAUCAUGCUCUCCAGACCCCAGGUGGGGACCAAGAAGCGCUGGAGAGCCGUGGGGCUGGCUGCUGUGACCCUCUUCAAUUUCCUGGUCUGUUUUGGGCCCUACAAUGUGUCUCACGUGGUGGGGUUCUUCCAGAAGGAGAGCCAGAAUUGGCGCGCAUGCGCGGUGCUGUUCAGCGCGCUGAAUGCCUGCAUUGACCCCUUGAUUUUCUAUUUCUCCUCGUCGGCUGCACGCAAAGCCUUCGAUAGAGAACUGCAGAGGCUGCAGACCUGGGGGGCCUCACUCUCAGGGGAGUGGAGAAGAGCCAGAGAGGCAGCCACAGAGAGAGGAAAUGCAGGCUUAGGCAAGGCCAAUGACAGCUUCACAGGAGAAUAA